AUGGCGCCGCCGCUGCCGAGCCGCGCCGCACUUGCGCUCAUCGUCGCCGUUGCCGCGCUCCUCGUCGUCGUCGUCGCAGCCGAGCUAGACGCGGGCAGCAGCACGUGGGCACCGGAGGAUUACGGCGGCGGCGCCGUCACCGCCAUGCGGGCGGCGUGCAGGGUGGAGGACGAGGAGGGGUGCGGCGGGGAGGCGACGCUGCGGAGGCAUCUGGGAGGGGGCGGCUACAUCGGCUACGACGCGCUGCGGCGCAACGCCGUGCCGUGCUCGGUCCGCGGCGCGUCCUACUACAACUGCCGCCCCGGCGGGCAGGCCAACCCCUACUCCCGCGGCUGCUCCUCCAUCACCCGCUGCAGAGGCUAG